AUGACUAGAAUCUCAUCAACCUUAGCCAUGACUCGCCAAUCUCGGAUUUCACCCGAUAUCAUCAAACGAACUGCCAUCCGUCGUAAAAGGGAAGCUGAGAAGGCCCUCGUCAGAGCCCGCGACUCUCUUAAAGUCCUUUUGAAGGCCAAAUACCCUGCCCGACGACCCGUCGAGGUGGGCGACACCAACUCGGAUACCGCACUGGCAUCAAAGGAUUACGUCUACGAGGCGCCGCAAAACCGAAGGAGGGGAGGCGGACACGGGGCGCCAUUCCUACGAAGUCCAUUAUCAUACUGUCCAACGACAGUCGUCGAACCAGUGGUACCGCAAUCUGCCUGGGUGCUUUUUGAAUCACCUUCCUUCGGCGCUCGGGAAAACUUAGAUAUGACCUCUCUUUUGAACUGCCCAAUCGAUGCACUCAACCUUUCAAGUCAACCCAUCAUGUCCGACGCACAACUGAGUGAAGGACUCGCGCAAUGGUGGGCGGAAUUGGAGACAUGCUGGGAUCUUACACUCAAGGCACAAGAACCUCUCAAGUCACAAGAACCCGCUCCCGAGAUCGAUGAAGCGGCCCCGUUCGGUCUGACCGCUGAGGAGUAUCCACUUCUAUUCGAAAUGCUCAAAUCCUGA